AAACAAUCAAAAGUCUCCAGCUGGGAAGAGAAAGCGAGAGAAGGAACACCAUCAACAAACUCAGGAGGGAUGAUCAGGAGCAGUGGAAGGAAGACUAAAAGAAAACAGCCAGACUCAGAACCAGACUCAGACUCAGAAUCAGAAUCAGAACGCUCCUCAACCACACCAGAAACAGCUUCAUCAUAUUCGGCUACCACUAGCGAAAGUGGCAGUGGCAGCUGCACUGACUCAGAUCAAGAACCUAGCUCUCAUCUCCCUCAACUAGUUAUCAUCAAUGGCAAACUCAUCGACUCGCGAAACAAACAAGCAGAUCAACUCCCUCACCAAGGAGCCCAGAAACAGCGGAAAUAUUUUUGUCAUUGGGAGGGCUGUCAGAAGAGCUACACUAAACCAGUCCGAUUGGAAGAACAUGUGAGAAGUCACACCAAUGAGCGGCCUUUUGGUUGUCCAACAUGUCCGGCGGCGUAUCGAAGAGAAACCCAUCUGACAGCGCACAUGAGGAUGCAUCUGCCGGAAUCCUCUCGGCCGUUACUCUGUGGAUGGCAAGCCGCAACCCUUGCCUCAUCAUCAUCAUCAUCCACCACCACCACAUCUACGGCCAGCCCAGAAGCCUGUCCCCGGCGGUUCUGGACCCAACAACAACUGAGGAUCCAUCGCGAAAACGUCCACGAGGGGAAGAAAGGACAGCCCAAGCUUCGAUGCGAUCAUUGCCCGCAGGAGUUCCUCAAGCAUCGCGCCUUGCGGGCCCAUCUCCUCGACGCCCAUUGUCCCCAAGGCACGAAACCAUACAUGUGUCCCCACCCCAACUGCGGCUUCUCGUUUGCCAACCCCUCUCGAUUGCGCAAACACGAACGCACCCACGAGCCCAACAGAUACACUUGCGUCCAUCACGACUGUCUCAAUAACCCAAGCCUCUCGCUCCAGCAACGCUCCUUCUCUAGUUGGACUGACCUCCAGCGUCACACUCGUGAUUCGCAUCCGUUCAGAUGUCCCGAGCAGGACUGCAGUAGGAACAAGAAACCAUUCAAGUCUCUUCGAUCGCUCAAACAGCAUCUGCAAGUCUAUCAUCCUCCUGCCCAACCGCACCGAGAGGGAGAAGAAGAAGAAGACGAACCAAUGACAGCUCCUGGGAUCCUGGCAUCCUCGGCUCGGAACACGGGCGCGUUCAUCUGCACCCAAUAUCCGCCAUGCACACGGGCCUACAAAUCCGCCCAUACCACCCUCAACUCAGCCCCCGGACACCCAAAACCGACCGAGAAGAACGAGCUCGAUGGGGAGGGGUCGACGGAGAAGUGUCUGUUCAGGUUCAACCGAAUAUACGAUAUCCAACGACACCUCAACUCCCAUCAUUCAUUGACCGUCGACCGCGAGACGUUGAAAGACUUCUUUGGGGUCCCUUGA